GUCGGUUUUUGGUUUCCUUUUCUAGAACUCACAUGCAAGACCUGAAAGAUGUCACUAAUAAUGUCCAUUAUGAGAAUUACAGAAGCAGAAAAUUGGCAGCUGUAACAUACAAUGGAGUUGACAACAACAAAAACAAAGGGCAGUUAACAAAAUUUGACACAGUUGAAGGCAUGAGCCCUCUGGCACAAAUGGAAGAAGAAAGGAGAGAGCAUGUGGCAAAAAUGAAGAAAAUGGAAAUGGAAAUGGAGCAGGUAUUUGAAAUGAAGGUCAAAGAAAAAGUUCAGAAACUGAAAGACUCUGAAGCUGAGCUCCAGCGACGUCAUGAGCAAAUGAAAAAGAAUUUGGAGGCCCAACACAAAGAACUGGAGGAAAAACGACGUCAGUUUGAAGAUGAAAAGUCAAAUUGGGAAACUCAGCAACGUAUUUUGGAACAACAGAAUUCUUCAAGAACUUUGGAAAAAAACAAAAAGAAAGGGAAGAUAUUUUAAAGAUAUUUGCAAACCACCAGUUUUGUUUAAUUGCCAAUAUUCUACCCUUGGACAUCAGUGUGUCUUGGAUCUGUUUGACCAAUCUUGCACCGGUUGUAUCCAUCUGUUUGGAUUUAUCAGCAUGAUAAGUUUUUGUGUUAAUUUUGAUGACACUUGAGAAUGCCUUGAAUUGUUUAGAAUGUUGUAAGCUUAGGAAAACAGCUCUAAGUACUUUUUUUUUUACAAAAUACAAAAAAGAACAGACAUCAUUUAAAUGUAAAGAAAUUUUCUGUUGUACAAUCAUAUUCUGGUGGUUUGAUUUGUUUACAGAAUAUUCCAAUAUAUAAGGACUUGGGAAAAUUUUCCAUAAGGAUACAUUGCCAUAAUAUAAUAUGAACUAUGCGUCUAUUAUAUAAAAUUCCAUUCAGUAUGUCAUAUAUAAUAAUGUAAUUUAGUCUAACACAGUUGGCCCUAUUUUUGACAUUUCCAUUGUUUUAAAAAUAGACAUGGAAAGACAAACUUAUAGGCUUAUGGGGCACCUAACAGCUUUUUAUAACAAUCUUUUGUUUGUUUGGGAUUCAUUAAAUAUGUAUGCUAUUCUCAUUUAGUAUUUGCUUUAGCCCAAUGGAUUUCAUUACUGCUUCAUUUUUUGUAAUAACAUAUAAAUUAGAUAUAUUUCCACUUAUUGCCUCUGCUAAAUAGAAUGUAGGGUUUUUUUUCAUAUGAUAGGAACCAGUGAAUAAAACAUUUUCUUUAAUUCUCCUUUUACAUUUUAUGAUAAGUAGCAAGAAAAUGCAUUUAUAAGUCAUUUCUAAAAAACAGUGUGAAUUUAACCACCAACAUGUUUCUACCUGCGUGCAGUCAGUCUGGAAAUGAGAAUCAUGGCCUUUUGAGAAAAGUCACCAUUCUAUAUUUAGCUGUAUUCAUAUACUGCAUUUCUGUAUUUUUGUUUGUAUUGUAAAAAUUAACAUAAUAAACAAUGUUGUGAUGUAACAUA